UCAAAGCGUUCAAUAAUUCAAAGUUGAUGAUCGGAAAUUGACAAUUUUUUUUUUAAUUGUUUGAAUUAGAUAUUAAUAUUAUUUUUAAUAUUAUUCAGCUUUUGUUACUGGAAUGAAAAAGUUCGGUUUUAUUUUAAUAAUAUUUUUAAUUUUGUUUUGUUUAAUGAAUACUUCUUUGUAUUUCAAACUGCUAAAUAUAAUCAAAGCUUCUCGAUUUACCAACAAUAUAUUUGUAGACAAAACAGUCUUUAAAACAAAUCCAUUAAACUCAAGUAGUUCAAAUUGCAUUCAUGACCAUUUUAAAUCUACGCUACUUAUUAUUGUUUACAACUCUCCGCUUUACAGUCAUUUGCCGCUGCUAAAAAACUUAUACAGUAAUGGUUUUCCAAACAUUAUUCAUUGUGGACCUGAACAUUCGACAGCACCAUCUGGGAUAUUGAAAAGCGUAACUUCUGAUGGAUAUUUUACCUAUGAAGAGUGCGCUGCGCAAACAAUGCGUACUUUUAUUAAUUAUACUGGAUAUUUAGUGAUAAACGAUGAUUUGUUUUUAAAUUUUUUAACCAUAAAAAAAUUAAAUUUAUCUAAAAUUUGGGAAGGUCCGUUACUCGAAGAUAAUAGCAAAAAUAUAAGCGAUUGGUAUUGGUGGGAUUCUUCGUGGGGAGUAAAAAAUUGCUUUAAAGCUUUAAAAAAACUUCGUUCACUCAACAAAUAUGUUAAUCAAAAAAGAGAUUCUUAUUGGCACAAAAUCGUUUCUGGUGAAAACGUAUGCUACGGAAUAAGAGCGGAUAUUUAUUAUAUUCCCAGAAAAAUGGCUGAAAACUUUACUAAACUUUCAAAUGUAUUUAGAGAAGAAAAUGUGUUUUUAGAAAUUGCAGUGCCAACAAUUAUAAGAUUGCUUGUUACAGAGGUUGAAAGGCUAAACGGGUUUUACAUGGACUCUGGAACAAAGAGUGAAGUUAUUUUGAAAUCUUACAAUUCCGAUUUAAACUUUAUACAUCCCGUAAAAUUUCAUUAUGGAGAAGAUUCAUUGAUAAACUUUGAGUUUUUAAAAAAUUAUGAGCGCCAUGUUUCCUGUUAAUACAACUUGUUAGCAUAAUUAUUAUAAUUAUACAUGUAAAAAUUGACAUAAACAAAAAUAUGGAAUAAUCAAA